AUGAACGACAGUACCACCCGCAAGACAAAAGGCUUUGAUCAGCUGGUGUCCACGGCUUCUGACCUUGCCUUCUGCUCGUCAGACGGCAUGCUCCUCAAAGUCCACAGCAAAAAUCUCGAGGUCCACUCGGACGUCUUCGCCAACAUGUUUGAGGCGGCGACCGACAAGCCAGGCGAGACCAUCGCGUUGUCGGAGCCGGCCGCGGUUCUGGAAGUGCUGUUUCAGUACAUGUACCUCCAGCCGCAGCCAAAUCUCGACGCCAUGAGGUUCCCUGUCUGCGCUGCAGUUGCGGAGGCGGCAGAGAAGUACCUGGUGUACAGCGCGAUGCCGGCGCUGCACGCUCACAUGCGCGCUAAUAUCCCGCGUCACCCCCUCGUCGUGCUGAACUUUGCGGUACCACAUGAGUUCGUGGACCUCGCCAAUGACGCCGCGCGGUAUUGCUUGCAAUUUUCGCUCGAAAAGGCGGUGGGGGUCUUGCGGCCGGACGUUUUCGCGAGAUGGGCUGUAUUCUAUGACAACUGGCACAGAGGCGCCGCGCGGGUGCUCACCAACCAGCGCACAUGGGAUACGACCAGCUAUGGGGAGCUCGAAGACCUGCUGCGACGUAACCCCCACAAGUGCUUCACCGAAGCGGAGAAGUGGCAGAGGAAUCGUAAGGCACUAUGUGCUUAG